UGUCAGCAAGCAGGGCUGCUUUCCUCUGCUUACUGCCUGAGUGGGCUGUAGGUUUUUUCAGCAUAUAAGGUUGUUGUUUCAUUCCCUCAGGUUGAAUAUUUACCUGCUGAUGACGCAACAGGAAUAUGAGAGGCGGCAGGCCAGGAGGAGGGGACAGCUUCUUGUACUUUCAGUUGCGGGGCAAUAGUCAACCUGCAGGAAAGUUGCAAGAAGUGCUGAUUACUUGAGCUGUCGGCCAUGUAUAGGUGUGGCUGCAGAAGAAAUAGGGAAAAGAUUUUCACCUUUAGAGAAGAGAGCUGUGUAAUUCAUUUUACUUACACAUAUAUAAAAAUCCUGCCUCCAAGAAACACCAGACUUAAUUGGAACAAUUAGCUGGAUGCAGAAGUUUUUGGGUACUCAUGAACUCAGAAGAGUUUGAAAUGAAUAAACCAACGAAGACAUGAAGGGCCAGAAGAUACCAUCUCUUCUCCUCUGUUUACUCUCCAUAUGUGCUACAACUUGGGAAAAGGAAACAGUAACAGGACUGUUUGCUAAGGAUGUCAUCCUUCCUUGUCCUUUUCCACCUGGUGAUGAUGAAGUAAUUUACUGGAAGAAAGAGGACAACGAUGUACACAGCUACUACUACAGGAGGGAUUAUCUGGAAAGCCAACAUCUGGAUUACAGAAACAGAACUCACCUUUUUCAUGAGAAUAUUCCUCAUGGAAAUGCCUCCUUGAAACUUAGUAACCUGACCUUGACUGAUGAGGGCCUUUACCUUUGCUACGUGGGAACACAACAAACUAAAACAGAAGUGGAAGUUGAGCUGCACGUGCGAGUUUCCUCAUAUUAUGCGCUGGAAUACCAAAAGAACGACACAGAAAGGAUGCUGACAUGCUCUGCCUUCCUUACAUAUCCAGCACCAAAUAUAACUUGGGUAAAAGGCAAUAUAUCCAUCCAAGAAACAGGUUGGGAGGAAACCAGGGAUGGCAUUCUCUAUUCUCUUAGAAGUCACCAGAGCAUUAUAAACACAUCUGAUCCUUACUCCUGUCAUAUUCAUCUCCCUCACGAGAAGUGGACUGCUGAAUGGAGGAUGCAAGACCAACUGUCAAAAGCAAAAGGAAGUAGCGUUUCCAUUACUUGUGAAUACAGCAGUGACACUUCACACAGAGAGGGCGUCAGUGUUGUCUGGAUACUAAACAGAAAUUCAGUGAUCUCAGUCCUGGCCACCUUCAAUGGUACAUCUCACUCUUACCAGCCUCGAGUCCAGAUUAACCAAAGUGACUAUUCACUGUUAUUGAGGGAUCUUACCGCAAAUGACAGUGGAGAAUAUCUCUGUAACAUUUCAUCACCUCACUACACAAAACUUACUGUGAGAACUUUGCAAGUUGAACAUUCAGAUAACACUUGGAUAGUUGUGACAGCAGUGGUCGUUGUACUGGUGGUGAUAGUACUGGCGGUGAUAGGAGUCUAUGUCUAUGUCAAGAGAGAAUCAGGACUACUAUAAGAUACAGCGGAUCAGGAAUACUAUAAGCACCUUGACAUACCAAAAGAAAACGUGUCUCUGCAAACAAAGACUUUACUGAGAAUGCUGCUGAAAUACAAGCUUGAGCAGAAGAGUUCCUUCAUCUUCCCUAUUGAAUUUCACAAAGAACUAAGUGGAAAUGCAAUCAUCUGAACAACAGUAACAAACAAGUAAACUGACAGAAAAAACAUACACAAGUCAAUUGACAUUUUAUGUGAGGAGUCUGCAUGAAGAACCAGAAUGCGAGUAUACUAAAAGGACAAUGAAAAAGUUUUACGCGAGGCUGAGUUUUAAGUGUUGGUGGACUUUGGGUUUGUUUUUGCACUAUGAGGGGAAGAGAGGGCUUUCUGUUUUGCACUUCACUGAGUAUUUUAAUUCCAAUUCCAUGACAACUCUUCCCCGUGUUUUCAGUUUUGAAGUGGAAAAGAUCUAAAAGAAUGCUGUUUAUGAGCCAGGGGCAGUCCUUAUGGGAUAAGUCCCUGAGCAGCAUCUCUUAGUCCUCUUGUGCAGCUGGAGAACAAAAAUGCUUUCGCUGAUAGUAGUGGAAGUUUCUAAACUGACCAUUUGUAUUAAAUUUAGUUUCUGCUGUCCCCCAAAAAAAUGGUGCAACCUUUGACUGGCAGGACAGCUAGAAGCAGGGCUAUCCCAGCUUUUAGGGCUGUCCCCUACACAGGUUUAAUCCAGAGUGCUUUAACAAUCUGCACAUGAAGGACGUGGGGCUGUGAAACGUGACUGGAUUUGCCCUUAGGUUUGAUUUCAUCAGAGAUCUGCCAAUUAGGAUUUGUUCCAACAUAAUGAAGUGGGUUGUUGGCAGUGUGUCAUCUUUUAUUGAUCCCUGGGGCUCGACAAAAUAGAAAUACAUAGAAAUGAAUGUAAUACACUACACAGUCUCUUUGGGUUUUCACUUGAUAUUUAUUUCUGUAAGUGCUUUUUUAUUUUUUCCCGUACAUCUGCUUUUGGUUAUGCCUGAUUAUAUGAAACAUCUUCUCACAUUUGUCAACUUGGACUGCACUUACUCCUCUUCAUGAACCUGAAAUGCAAUUGAGAGAGAUAGUAUACAACUAUUAAAAUUAAAAUUAAACUGUUACAUUUAAACUAUUAGAAAUUAAAGUUAAACUGUUGAAUUUGAACUGUUUAACAGUUUAAUUAAAAUGAAACUUUUAAAAACUGUUAAAGUUUUACAGGGGGGUUUAGAGUUCAAGUUCACAUGUAAAUGACAGAAGUUUCUGUUAACUAAUGCUUCUGCUUCCUGGCAUUACCAGCUUGUGUCUGAAAUACACUAGCCCUAAAUGGACAUACCAUAUUGAA